UACCUGUCUUAAUUGAGUUGCGAGCCGAAGUGGGUCUUGUGAUUUUCAGGGAAGUCCGUACCGACAACUAGCCGCUUUAGCCAAAAAUAGUCUUCCACAGGUUCCUGGCACCGAACUAUAUCCGGUAAAAAUGUGGUCCGAUACGCUGCUAAUCGUCUUCAUUUCGAUAUUCACCGCCCUGCUCGGAGAAGGACUAACGUGGGUGAUGGUAUACCGGACGGAGAAGUACCAGAAGCUAAAAGGAGAGGUGGAAAAGCAGAGCAAAAAAUUGGAAAAACGCAAGGAAACGCUCGGUGAGCUGUUGGACAAGAGCCACAAGAAGAAAAUCGAACGGGACGAGGAAAAGCUGAAGAACAACAACCGGGAUCUGUCGUUGGUCAAGAUGAAAUCCAUGUUUGCCAUCGGUUUUGCCUUCACGGCACUUCUAAGCAUGUUUAAUACGAUCUUUGAUGGACGGAUUGUGGCGCGCCUACCGUUCGUACCGAUCUCGUGGAUCCAGGGACUGAGCCAUCGGAACCUGCCCGGUGAUGACUACACGGAAUGUUCCUUCAUUUUCCUGUACAUUCUCUGCACGAUGUCUAUCCGACAGAACAUCCAGAAAAUGCUCGGUUUCGCACCGUCACGCGCGGCCAGUAAGCAGGCCGGUGGUCUUUUCGGCCCUACGCCAGGACAGUUCAAGUAGAGGAAGACUCCUCUGCAGAUUGUUUGCCUGCACUGAUUGGAAACCAGUGAAAGCAUUUUCUGUUACGGCCAUCCAACCAGCAGCCCACUGAAGCCCAUUUUUAGUUUUGUAAGGAUCGCUCACCCAUCCUCCUCUCUCUCUAGAGGAUGUAUUUAAUCAGCGUCCACACCCUGACAUUGUUACAUUCAACUAGAAUGCAUUCGUUUGUUGUGGUAGAAACCGACGAAUAAAUCAGAUGAAACUCAA